AUGAGAGUCAGCUUAUUCAGAAAGAAGAUUGAUAAGUCUCAGAUUUCUACCCCUUAUGAAAUUGAACAACAAAUAUUGAUGACUCCAGAAACACUGGAAAGUGAAGAAGAAGAACAACAACAACAACAACAACAAGAAAAAUUUGGUGCCAUAGAUAACCAUAAUUACAAGUACAACAGUUUUCUCAUUGAGAAGAAUUUCCAACAGUUGCUUAAUAUCAAGGAGGUACCGAUGGAGGAACUACUUCAAAAUUUGAACGUCAAUAGAAACAAAGCACAAUCAAGAUAUUACAUCUAUGAUAACUCGGCAUUCCAAGCGUCGAUCAUCGCCAACACCAACAAGUUUGACAUUUUCACAAAACCAAAUGGCAUUACACAUAAGUCAUGUCGCCAUGUUCUCCACGGGCUAAUCAAGAGAUUGAAAGACUCGAUCGUUUCUAAUCCAAAGAAAUUCCCUUAUUCUGCUAUGGAAAUUUUCUCCCCAACAUUGGUCCAGUUGCAACAUGAUAAACUUUUUCAAACAAAAGCCUUUAUUAAUGAAUUGUUCCCUCAUGAUGGAUGCUCUCUCAGGGGUCCCAAAUUAACCCAGGCAAUUGAUAGUACCGAUAUCUUAACCAUCAUCAUUAGUCUUCGGGUAUUGAUUUCCCUUUUGCCAAAUGGUUUGAUUACCGGGGCAAAUUACGAGAAGUUUAUCAUUGAAGAAGCGUCAGAAAAAUUUCAUGAGUCAAGUUUUUAUCUGAUUUUGCCAUUAUGCUUACCAACUGAUAACCAUCCUUAUCUUUUGCAAGAAUAUUUGGAUUUAUUGAUUGUGGUUUGGUGUAAUUUGGCCAAUUCCAGCAUUGAUAGUUUAAUGGAUCUCUUAUACAUCAGCUCUGCCCUAUGCUUCCAGACCCCUGAUACCAACGGAGAGAAAUUUGACAAAGAUAUCUAUUUCUUCAAACAAUUCUAUUCGGUAAGAAAUGAGGCUUUCCAAAGACUUUUCAUUUCCUACGUCAGAAAUCUUUUACACGAGGGCAAAAUUAGAGGCAACUCUUUGCCAAAUUUGAUCGAUUUGAAUGUGUUUAACUAUCCUCCACAACCAUAUCAAACAUCAUUCAUAGAGUAUGGUUUGGUGAUAUCCGUCCCAAGACAUAAGUUGACCGUCCCAAACUUAUCAGAUUUGGUCACUAAUAUUUCCAAUGCCAAAACCACUGUUUAUUCAUCUCAUGAUGUCUUAUAUUUCGACGAAGGGGUCUUUUUAAGAAAGUUUUGCAAAAAUCCAUACGUGACUCUCAAAUCUAAUGUUAGUGAAUUGUCUUUGGAAUAUUUGAAGAUGUUUGAUAACGAUCAUAAAUUAUAUAAUAUGAUCCAGCAGCAACAACAACACCAGCAGCAGCAGCAGCAGCACACAAAGUCAGCCAACUUCUCAGACCUAUGUCCAUACUCAUCGAAUGAUAUUGCCGAUUCAGUCAGGGUUUCUAAGCUUGUAAUGACCAGUUGGUUUUUCAAUACCUGGAAAUUUGAAACUUCAAUGGGGAAUUUGAGCUCUACAUUUAUUUUUGAAUUAAAGGGGAAAAUUGGUCAAGUGAAUUGGUUGGUAAUUACCUGUGAUGAUCAACCAAGAGGGGUUCUUGAUUCUGAUAAUUGUAUUGAUCCAGAGCUCAUUAAUGUUCAAAAAAAUAAUCUCAGAAAUUCAGGGAUCGCCAACAGUGCUGGUUCCACUGCUCCUGCUGUGACAGCUGCCGAUGGAGUGCGGUCUGCCACCCCAAUCAUUGAUUCAUUGAUAUCUGAAGAUGACAUGUUUGUAAUUUCCGAGGCCGAGGAGUUAGAAAUCAUGAGUAAUAGACAACCAUCAUCGUCAUCGUCCUCAUUAUCCUUACAAUCCAAUUUGAAAUUUUUCCCAUCCACUCCUACAAAGAGCUUCUCAUUGAACAAUGGUAGUAGAAACAAUUCUAUUUCAUUAGGAAAUUGUGCGGCCAUAAAUCAAACUACGGUGGAAAGUGACAUCUAUGGGUAUCUUGGUGAAGUUGGUAAGCCUGAGCAUUGCAAUUUGGAAAGUUCUAGUUCUAGUUCUAGUCCAUACAAUAAUGUUCAACACACUCCUAGAAGAAAGAGUUACAAUGGACCAAUCACUCCACCACGGAAAGUUCAUAGUACAGAAAACAAGGGAAAGAAAAGAAGACAUUCCGAAAGAGAAUCAGUUAAAAGUGACAAGACCAAGAACGAUGGAGGUAAUUUUAGCAGUGGCAAUGAAUCUUCGUGGGCUGGUACUACCAUGAAUGAUAGUUUUGGUAAUAAUAGAGAGGCUAAUGAGGAGGAAGAAGAAGAAGAAGAUGAUGAUGGAUUUUACGAUGACGAAGAUUACAUUCCUGGAGUUUCAAUGUUAAAAACUUCUCCUAGAUGUACAUCUUUGAAAGAAUUGCUUGUUGAAAGUUGA